GUGACACAUUCCCCAGCCAUUGAUUAGACACGGAGUGAGGCCUCAUUUUCCUAUGAAAUCUUUGAGCAGAGAAUUGGCUGGUGUUGCGUUCUGCGCAUGCGCUCCCCGGGAUUAAUGUCAAGGCACAAAAGUGGCGCUACACCGUGUGGAGCUCUACUCCGGUGGUUGCCUUAGCGAUGGACGAGGAGUCGGAACCCAACUCUGCUGUUCCGGAGGAGGAUGCGGCGGAGGCGUCCGCAACACCCGUCGUGGAGACCCCAGAGUCUGUUGCUACGGCAACAGAUGACGGCGUGGCACCGAAGAAGGUCGAGGACGACGACGAUGUCGUUCUGGUAGAAGAGGGCGCCCCUGGGCCGUCGCCUUCGCAGGAGCAGCCGGAGGGCCCCGCUGACACGGACAUGGAAAAUGCCUCGCCCGCAACUGGAGCGACACCCCCUGCUGAGGUGACGCCACCCGCCACGGUGACGCCCGACCCGUCUGAGCCUUCCAAUCCCGCCUCGGCGGCCGAGCCCAUCGUCAUAGACGACGAGGAGGAGCCGGAGGAGAACCGGGGCGGUGCUCUCGUCAGCUCGGAAGCGGAUUCAGAGAUCCGCAUUGCUAACGUCACAACGCUGGGCCAGAAAAGGGGUGCAGGGGGCAGCACGUCACCCCAACACGCUCAAGGCGAAUUGAUGAUCACCUCGGUGACGUCGCUGCAGGGCACACCAAUGCCAGGCGAAGGUGCGGCAGAGGAAAACGGUCUCCAGAUCGGUAGCGCGUACAGCCUGAGUUCUGAUGCCACGUCCGGCAGACCAAGCGCUUCCUUCAACCCUGGGCGAGGCUCAGCAGUACAAAAUGGUGAUGCUGGGGCACACAACAGAACAGACUCGUGGAUUUCCCAGUCGGCGUCGGUGCCUCGCAACCAAAAGCAGAUGGGGGUGGACUCUUCUUCCACUGCCACUACCCUGUCUAAACCUCCGGGACAGUCUUCCUCUUCCUCUCCAGGCGCACAACCGCAACCGAGGACAGUAAAGGUGACCUGCGCAAACUGCAAGAAGCCUCUGAAGAAAGGUCAGACGGCAUACCAGCGUAAAGGUUCGACGCACCUCUUCUGCUCAACCACCUGCCUCUCCGCCUUCUCGCACAAACCCCCGCCCAAGAAAAGUUGCACCAUGUGUAAAAAAGACAUCACCAACAUGAAGGGCACAAUCGUGGCCCAGGUGGAUUCCACCGAGUCCUUCCAAGAGUUCUGCAGCACCGGGUGCCUCGGCGCCUACGAGAACAAGCAGAGCGCCCCCAAGUCCAAUCUCAAAACCAAAUGCACUGUCUGUGGAAAGCUCACAGAGAUCCGACACGAGGUGAGCUUCAAGACAGUGACGCACAAGAUCUGCAGUGACCUGUGCUUCAAUGUCUACCGUCGCGCCAACGGGCUGAUCAUGAACUGCUGCGAGCAAUGUGGCGACUACCUGCCCAACAGGGCUUCGGCCAACCAUUUUGUGCUGGUGGAUGGCCAACAGAAGCGCUUUUGCUGCCAGAAAUGCAUCAGGGACUUCAAGCAGGUUCACAGCAAGCUGGCCAGCUGCUUGACGUGCAAGACGCUAAUCAAAACAGGGGAGGUGGUUCUAGGCAUGGCUGCCGACGGCACCAUGGGCUCCUAUUGCUCCGCCAACUGCAUGAAUAAGGCCAAAAUGGCCGCCACGACCUUCCACCACGCGGAGCCAUCUUGUCACUUCUGCAAAAGGAACUCUUUACCCCAGUACCAAGCCACGCUACCUGAGGGGAACGUCAUCAAUUUCUGCAGCUCACAGUGCGUCAACAAGUUCCAGAGCACCACCCUCCAGACAGCUACCAACGGGCAGACAACGCUUUCAGCGAACAACACGGUUCAGCUCAAGUGCAACUACUGCAGAGGAGCGUUCAGCGUCAAGCCAGAGACACUCGAGUGGGAGGACAAAGUGUACCACUUCUGCAGCAAGGUGUGCUGCGCCGACUACAAAAAGCUGCACUGCAUUGUUACCACGUGCGAGUUCUGCCAGGAGGAGAAGACGCUGCACACCACUGGCAACUUUUCAGGCGAGAAAAAGCCCUUCUGCAGUGAAGGCUGCAAGCUGCUGUUCAAGCAGGACUUUAUCAAGCGUCUGGGCCUCAAGUGCGUCAGCUGCAACCACUGCAGCCAGAUGUGCAAGAGAGGUGUCACGCGCCAGCUUGGAGGCAUGACGCGUGACUUUUGCGGCGAGAGCUGCGCCAAGAAGUUUCACGACUGGUACCACAAGGCGGCACGCUGCGACUGCUGCAAGGUUCAGGGCCAGCUGACGGAGUCGGUCAUGUGGCGCUCGGAGGUGAAGCAAUUCUGCGACCAGCAGUGUCUGCUCAGGUUUUACUGCCAGCAGAACGAGCCAAUCAUGGCCACGCAGAAAGGCCCUGAGAACAGCUCUACGGGCAUCGAAUCACCCGCUUCUAAAGUUGGGCUAGUGAGUCACGGUACGGCGGCGUACCCGGGCGGCGGCCUGAUGAGGGAUGUGAAAAAUAAGGCGGUCUUAUGCAAGCCGCUUACCCUCACCAAGGCCACCUACUGCAAGCCACACAUGCAGAGCAAACCCAUACAGACGGAUGUCGACGAUGGCGUGAAGCGGGAGUACGUGCCCGUUCCCAUCCCCGUGCCAGUCUUCAUUCCUGUACCCAUGAAUAUGUACUCACAGCACACGCCCACGCCGCUUUCUUUGCCUUUACCACUCCCAGUCCCCGUUUUCCUGCCCACCACCCUGCAGAACGCAGACCAGCUCGUCCAGACCAUCCAAGAGCUUAGAAGCAAGACUCCCUCGGACCCCGACGCUGUCCAGAUGAGCUCGCCGUCCCCGACUGAAGCGACUUUAGAGGACCGGAAAGCAGACAUGAAGCUUGAGGAGACGAGUGAGCAUGGAGAUGAGGAAAUGGUUACCAGCAGCUCAGAGGAGGUGAAGAAGGAAAGAGGAGACUUAAAGAAGGAGGUGAAGAAGGAAGGAGGAGACCUAAAGAAGGAUGUGGUAAACGAGGAAGAAGGGGAUGUAAAAGAGGAGGAAGAAGGUGGCUGCAUGGACCUGGAGGAGGACUUCCCUCUCGCUUCGGCGUCAGUCGCAGGAGAGCGGGAGGAAGAGCCGACGUUGCGACCUCUGCCAAGGACGAGAGGGAGCAAGAGAUUGGUGGUGGAACGCAGCUUGAUGUCUGGCUCAUCAUAUCGUUCGCCGGCCCUAAAAGCACGCUACGGCCUCAAUGCGUUCAGACGCUGGCUGAGCUCGGGUAGUAGAGAAGGAUCCGCGGCUGAGACCAAAGCGUUGGAUGCUGCUCUGGUGAAUCCUGUGGAAACCGACGUGCUGAAAAUGUGCACCGAUGAGCUGAACGAGAAGUUGUGUGGCUUUGUAAAAGAGGUGUGCCGGCCAAAUGGGGAGCGAUACGCCCCUGACAGCAUCUACUACCUCUGCCUCGGGAUUCAGAAGCAUCUUCACACCAAUGGGCAAAAGAUUGACAUCUUCAGCGACUGUUCUUAUCAGAGGUUCAGGGAGGAGCUCAACAAGGUUCUGAAAGACUGGAAGCCCAGCCUGCUUCCUGAUGGCACAGCAUGGAGCCGCGUGGACGAGCAGUGCCUGUGGACAGGCGGACAUCUGGCCGGCGCCACACCCGCCGCUUUGCUACGCUCGCUGGUUUACCUGAACGCCAAGCUCCUGCGCAUGCGCAACGCUCAGCAACACUUAAGCUUGUCUUUCGCCGACGUCUACGGCCCAGACGCCACACACCCCGCCACCACCGGGGGAAGUCACGCUUGCAUCCGCGUGCCUUCCCCAGUCUCUCAGGUUGCAAAAGAAUCUCGCAAGAGAAAGCUGGACUGUGAAGACGAUGACGACACGGGAUCACUCUGUCCUGUCACGGAGCAGGAGCGACACCUUUUCCAGCUCUACCGCUCCAAGUGCCCGGCGUCGUUGCUGGAGCGGUCCGACUUCUUCUACGCUCAGCCCGAACCGGCCUGGGACGGUGACGGGCCGUGGUUCACCUCCACGCCGCUAGAACGCCACACGCUGGAGAGCCUCCUUGUUAGAGUCCUGCUGGUGCGGGACAUCUACACGGACUCGCAGGAGCCAGAUGAGGCGGAGUAGCACGUCCACUGGGGACGCGUAGGUUGUUAGUAGAUCCGCAGGAAGGCCAUAGUGAGUAGCUCUUCCCACAUUUUCUUAUGUAAACACCCUUCAUUCCUAUCGCCGAGCUCCACGUGGCGCCACCCGCGGCGACAAAAAUACAGUCACAGAAUGUUUUUGCCAACUACCGGUCGCGAUCCGACGGCGAUACCGUUUGGAGAGUCUGUUUAUGCGGAAUCCCGUGCUCCUCGCUGUUCAGGCGUCAGAAAAGACAAUCACCACACCUGUGAGCGCAUGUCUUCUUAGCAGCCCAUUCCUUAGCUCCUUGGCUGCCAUUUACAGCGAUGGAUGUCCAAUGCAUUUUGAUGGGGAGGGCUGCCAGCCCCUCCCCGUCCAAAUGGAUUAGACAUCUUUCGCCGUCAAUGGCAGCUAAUGAAGGAACUUUCAGCACUUUUUUCUCUCGUUAUGAAAUUCCACCACGCUAACGAAUUGUUCAUUGUAAAAACCAAAAAUUCGGAACGUGCAAUUCGUUGGGCCAUUGAAAAAUGAUGGCGCUGUUACACUUAAUAUAGCGAGGCACGUGCGUUCUCCAUCUUUACCCAGCGAUGCUUUUUUUGCCCAUAAACUUGGCUUGUUCGAAUAUUUUAAGCUGGGCAAAGUAAUACAAGCCCCAAUUUCAUUUUGUACAUUUUCUUGGACACUAUUGCCCUUCCAGUCACUUGAAACAUGCAAAUAUUUAGGCAGGGAGAAUCCAUACUGAACAUUUUUUCACAUUUGUUGAAAAAACAAAACAAUUAUAACUUUAGUGGAUAGUUUUGGUUAUGCUGUUUGCCAUUACGGUACUUUCCAGUUUGAGAGAAAUCUCGCCAGUGAUGAGCUUGUCACACAUUGUGUUUUGAAGAUCUUCCUGAUACAAAAUGUUACGCGUCAUUUCAUCUUGUUUUACGGAAAAGUCUUUCUUGGAAUAUCAAGAAAAUUGAGUUCAGAAUAGUAAAAAGACACCUCUUAUGAAAUAUUAUGUGCAUUUUGUACAAUUAGCAUCGCAUUUGUUAAAAUUGCUAUUUUCAGUUGCAACUCUGGCAACUCAUCUGAGUCGGAGCACACGAUUUACUCCAGCUGCACAUCAUUUCAGUUGAUGGACGUCGCAAUCGGUUUUCCAAACAUUGUAGCUUUGUAGAAAAAUUUUGUUUUUAUCAAACUAAAAUUUUCCCAAAUGACAUCGCCGCGACACGCAGUAUAGUCGACCGCGUCUCCAUUAGCUGGAAGUAACAUCACAUGCUUACUAGCAUUGUUAGCUAACACGGUUCCGAUUGUUUUGAUGGCGUCAUAAGAACUGGGAUAGUCACAAAAGGGACAAAAAACAAGCAACCACCAUUUUUUUUUGUUUUUGAAACAUAUUUAUUUCUCAUUGUUCUCUCCUUUUUUCUUCAAGAGCUUGUUUAAAAAGACGAAAAAAAGACUGACACUCCACAACAAAACGAAGGACGAUCUUGGUGGCUUUGGUGUGUCAUUCUGAUUUUUUUACUUUGGCGCGUCAUUCGUUUGAUUUCUCCCAAGAAAAAAACAACUAAACUCAGGUUUGCGUUCAUUGGAUUCACCAUUAAAAUGACUUAAAAUGGGUAAUGUUAUUACUUCCUGUAUUUAACACAUUAGCAUCCCAUGAGUUAAAAUAGUGGGCGUCGAUCUUAAUUUGGGUGACAGGUGGAGCAUCUUUUUUUGUAGUGGAGGGCUCUUAGGUCGAGUUUGCUCCUCAGUAACGGACACAAAUCGGAAAAACCUUUAAGCGAGCCCGUCGGGGCGGCGUCUGUGCCGGUCCGGGUGUCGCCGCUGACUCGGGUGUGAAUGUGCCUCUGUGUAAAUAUGAACGUGUGUGUAUGCGCGCACUCUACACUGCUGGUGUGCUUGUGUUCAAUAAAUGACUUUUUUUUUUCUA